GCAUGGUCACACUGACUAGUACGCAAAUAUUCUUCUGUCGCUUUGUGUUAAUGUUAGAAAAAUAGAUUUAAGUCGCUGCACAAUGAAUGACAUUCGCGGCGACGACAACUAUGGGAAGCUUCGCAAUUAUAUACUUAAUCCAGAUAUAUCCAUUCAUGAUCCACUGCCCGAUGUGGUGCCGCGUAAAUUUAAUGAAAUGCGCCUGUUGCACAUUCCCAAAUGCCCGGGAAGUACAAAGCUAAUUCCACGUAGAGAUUUUGUUACCGGCGAAAUACUCGAGUUUAUCGAGGUGGAUGUGGAGGAUGUGGGCGCCAAUGCCAAUAACUCCAUGUCCAUGCAACGCGAACCGGGUCUGUUGGAAGAAAUAACACGAGGAUCGCACAUGAACUAUCCCUUCUGGCCAGGCGGCUUUAAUGCAAAAGAGCAGCCACUGGAGAUUGCUAAGCUCGUGGUGGACAACUUUGAACUGGGCGAUAAGUUGCUAACCGUGCCGCCAGGCUUUGCUAGUGGUCAUGACUUCUCAUUGGAUAAGAAGGUCAAGGAGCCGGCUGACACAAGUAGCAAUGUGGAUUUGCUAGAGAACUUGGAGGAAGACCUCGACGUGCAGCAGUGGCUACAAAUGACGAGAAGCGACAGCGAAGCCGUCAGCACAAAUGCGCCACAGAAAGAUCUCCAAUUUCCAGCAGAAUUCAAAGACGUUGAUGAUGAUAUAAUGAACGCGGAUCUGAAGCCUAUCCUUAAUAUAUCCACCACAACAAAAACCUUUAGCAGCGACUGGGCAGAAAUGGUGGACAUCAGUCAGCCCAUCCUCAACUUCAAGGAGCAAAUACCCUGUCCGGCCAUGGAGUUUCCCUUCGAACUGGAUGUAUUCCAAAAGCAGGCCAUUCUCAAGCUGGAGCAACGUCAAUAUGUAUUCGUCGCGGCUCACACAUCUGCGGGCAAGACCGUGGUGGCUGAGUACGCCAUUGCAUUGUCGAAGCGCGAUUUAACGCGCACCAUUUACACGUCUCCCAUAAAGGCGCUAUCCAAUCAAAAGUACCGCGACUUUCGCAAGACAUUCAAAGAUGUGGGUCUCAUCACAGGUGAUCUACAAAUUGAACCAACCGCCUCGUGCCUUAUUAUGACCACCGAGAUUUUGCGUUCUAUGCUGUAUUGUGGCAGCGAUAUAACACGUGAUCUGGAAUAUGUCAUUUUCGAUGAGGUCCACUAUAUCAAUAAUCCCGAGCGAGGCCAUGUUUGGGAGGAAGUUAUCAUAUUACUGCCAGACCAUGUCAAUAUUAUCAUGCUUAGCGCCACUGUUCCUAACACCAUGGAACUUGCCGAUUGGGUGGGCAGCACAAAGAAGCGUAAGGUAUACGUCAUAAGCACGCUGAAACGUCCAGUGCCACUGAUGCAUUACCUUUAUACUGGCGCCGGCGGCAAGAGUCGUGAUGAUAUCUUUCUUUUGGUCGAUGCUCAGGGUAAAUUUCUGCAGGGCAACUACGAGAAGGCUGUGGAGCGUAAGAAGGAAAUGCAAAGCAAAUCUAAAGCGGGCGGUGCUAAAAACUAUGUCAGCAGCAAGCAGGAUCAGUGCACCUGGAUUGGUCUAAUUGAUUUUCUUAAGCGCAACAAUAAGAUGCCAGUGGUAGCCUUCACUCUGUCUCGCAAUCGCUGCGAUGCCAAUGUGGCUGCCCUGCAAUCUGUGGAUCUCAAUACGGCAGUGGAAAAGGGCGCAGUGCAAAAGUUCUUCCUGCAAUGCCUGGCCAAGCUAAAGCCACCCGAUCGUACUAUACCACAGGUGCUGUCACUGAAGGACGCACUGGAGCGUGGCAUUGGUGUACAUCAUAGCGGCAUUUUGCCAAUUCUCAAGGAGAUCGUUGAGAUGCUCUUCCAGAACGGGCUCGUCAAGCUGCUUUUUGCCACAGAAACUUUUGCCAUGGGCGUGAAUAUGCCGGCUCGUACAGUAAUUUUUGACUCGCACAAGAAAUUCGAUGGCAUUGAGAUGCGUAAUCUAAAGCCGGGCGAAUACAUACAAAUGGCCGGACGCGCCGGAAGACGUGGACACGAUGAGAAUGGUACCGUCAUCCUGCUGUGCAAGUCUCAAGUCCCACCGUCUAUGGAACUGCGACCUAUGAUUCUGGGUCUGCCAGAAAAGCUACAGUCGCAAUUCAUUCUACGUUACGCCGUAAUACUAACAUGUCUGCGCAUUGAGAGCAUCAAGGUGGAGGACAUAAUGCAAUUCAGCUUUAAGGAGUUCAAUCAGAAAUUGCAGCUACCUACGCAGAGAAAGCUUCUGCAGCUGGCCGAGGACAAAUUUGCUACGCUACCCAACCUCGCCGAGCACCUUACACCGCUGAUAUAUUUCUACGACAAGUCCGUGGAAUACUGGAAGGAGAAGCAUCGCAUAAUGAAAUUCAUUUUAAGCCAGCCGAAAAUUCAAAAGGAACUGAAAGUGGGCCGCAUCAUUGUCAUCACGCAGGGCAAGCACUACAAUAAGCUAGCCCUAUUGCUUAAUGUCAAGUCCGUGCUGGGCAAGGAUACCGUGUACAAGGUAUUGGUGCUGGACCAUCAAUUCAAGAGCAACGACUGCGAGAACGUCAAUCGCGGCGAGCUUUAUUACAAAAUUCUCUCGUUGACGCCGCAGAACAAGUUUUUCCAUCCAGAGGGCAUUGGAGGACAUACCGUCCUGGACAUCAGAGCCAUUGAUAUCUUAACGAUUACAAAAUCAACAAUUAAAGUGGACGCCGAUGUCAUCAUACGGAAUUGGGAGCAGCGACAGUUGGAACGCUUUAAGGAUGCGCCUCUUGGCGCAACAGUCGUUAAAGCCGUCACGGAGCUACAUCAGUUAAACGAGGCGUACAACGCCAAUCCGGAUAGCAUUAAAUACAUCAACAUGUCCAAGGAGAUAAACGUGAAUGCGGAAACCGAAGUGGCCAUGCUGAACUAUGUGGAUCAUCUCGCACGCCAGGUGGGCGAUGUACUCCCCCACACUAAUAUUGCCGGCUUUGAGCAGGAGUUCGCCAAGGUGUACGAGCGUCGUGUGUUGGAGAUCCACAUUGAGGAGUUGCGCUUCAAGAAUUCGGCUAAGAACUUAACCCUAUAUCCGGAUUACUGCAACAAGCUGCAGGUGUUGCGGGCUCUCAACUAUAUCGAUGAGCUAAACGAGGUGACACUUAAGGGGAAGGUGGCUUGCGAAAUGGGUCAAAAUGAGCUGUUGAUUACUGAGCUAAUACUGUGCAAUAUGUUUAAUGAUCUGGAGCCAGCGGAGAUAGCUGCGCUAUUGUCGGGCCUGGUGUUUCAGGCUAAAAUUCAGGGAGAACCUGUUAUCCCAGAGCCGCUUAAGAAAUGUGUUGCUGCAUUCGAGCAAAUCAACGACACCAUCUUAGCCGAGGAACAACGCUGUCAAGCGGCAAUUGAAGCAGAAAAUAAUCUGAACUUUGGAUUGCUCGAAGUUGUCUACGAGUGGGCCAAGAAUAAGCCCUUCGCCGAAAUCAUGAAAUUAACCGAGGUACAGGAAGGCAUCAUUGUGAGAUGUAUUCAGCAGUUGGACGAAACACUUCGCGAUGUAAAAACUGCAGCCAUACGAAUCGGAAAUCCCGGCUUGCAGUCUAAAAUGGAAGAGGCCUCGGCGGCUAUAAAGCGUGAUAUUGUAUUUACAGCCAGUUUGUAUACGGAACUCUAAAAGAAAGAAAAUCGAAUGAAGACAUGAAACCCAAA